AGAACGCGAGGCUACAGAGCACAGACCCAGAUGAAGAAGAAGAAGGAGCUGCGCUGGCAUGGCGGCCAAGGUGGCGAUGGUGGCCGUCCCGGCAGUGCUGGGCAUAGCCUCCAUCAGAGUGUACACUGUGAGUGAAGUGGCUACUGAUGAUCUCAUCACUCGAGAGAAGCUGAACAUCUACACCCCAGUUAGAAAAUCUGCUGCACAGUUCCAGUCUGUUCAUGAUCAGCCAGGCCCCGUUGAGAGUGGCGUAACUACAGCAAGGGAAGGCCUAUUACCCUUUGUCCAUGCUGUGAAGGGGGCCUGUGUUUCUGUGAAAAGAGGAAGUGUAAAUCUUUACCACGCUGGAGAGGAUGUAUACUACUACUUGAAAGAUCCUCCCCCGGGUUUCCUGCCCAGGUUUGGCACCAUCACCAUGGCUGGCCUGCUUGGCAUGCUCUUGGCACGCAAAGGCUCUCGUUUGAAGAGGAUUGCAAUUCCAUUGGGUCUGAUGAGUGCUGGAGCCUCAGUGUGCUACCCCAGCCAGGCAGUGGCUGUCUUUAAGGUGACAGGCAAGAAGAUGUAUGCUGUGGGCCAGUGGAGCCAUGCUGCUGUGUCUUCACUGCUCACCUCCAAGUCCCCAGAACCCGUUCUUGCUCCGCAGCCGCAGGCACCUCCUGUGCAACCUCCAGAGGCUGCAGUGGUUGACGAGCCUCGUCAUGCCUCAGAGCCAGUCUCAGAUGCUGAGGCAGGAUCAGUGGAGUCUGUUCCAGCCUCUGAUAAACUCAUCAUCGCUAUCACAGCAGAAGAGGUGCCAGUCACACUCGCGGAGAUCUUUGCCGAGCAGGUCCCCUCAGAGACAGACUCAGAAAAGACAGAGACCGCUCCUCUGACAAAGGAAUCAGUUGGCCCUGCUCAAAGCGAGGAGACUCAGCUCUCCAAAGAAGCACCAGAGGGCGCCCUUGCUGCGUCUGAGGCUGUCUCCAUUGCAUCAGAGGCCUUUAUUCCUGCAUCUGACGCCAUCCCCACUGAGACUCUGCCUAGCGAGCCCACACUGUCCAGUCCAGACCCUGAAACGGGAGAGUCUGCUCAAGCCAUACCAGAGGUUUCUGCUUCCAUACCUACUUCUGAGACCUCAGAGGAACUACCAGUGCCAGUUGCUGAGUCCAAAGAGGUGCCGACUUCUGUUGCAAAAGAGGAGCUGACACCAGAACACACGCCCGCUGAACAGCCUACAGUAGAACCCAACAAAGGGGGCUGUGGCUAUACAGCAGAUCCUGCACUCUUGGACUUUGGCCAGUCCAACCCAGAGGACGAAGACCUCUACAGCACUCGCAGCUAAAACUUGCUGUCAUGCAUCUGAUCCAGCCUAACACACACACACACACGUCACCACACAGCAAAAAGGGUGUUUUUUUAGAUCCUGACAACACUGUCAUUCCUGCCACUACGGAGCCCCAGAGGGGAAAGGGAGAAAAAAAAAAUUAUGGGUAAAAAAAAGGACAGAUUUUUGCGAGAUCUCGCUGAACUAUUUACCUUAAGAGCAUUGUACUUCCGCUACUUCCGUGUUCAGAGCAGAGGUCUGUGUUGAAACUUCAUAUUAAGAGGAGCACAUUCAUUGAGUUUUUAAUAUGAUUGCUUACUUAUAGGACCAGCAGGCUAACCAAUGUAUUUCCUUUCGAGUACUAGUACUCAAAGAGAUGUUUCCAACAACACUAGCUUGGGUGUUAGCAUUUUACUUUCAAAAGACGAGCCGAAUAACCAUCACAGAAUUGAAACCUUGUUCUUAUACUUACAGUAUCACUUUAUACCGCUACACUUUAUUCAUUCAAUGAUGCCUUUCCACCCAAUUUUCACUAUGUGGAGGCGAGCUGUGACCACAAGUGUGUCCUGCAGCUUCACAUAGUUUUGCGUUACCUCGCAAAAGUUUUGCAAGCUCCCGCAAAAAUCCGGCUUUUGGUUUGUUUUUUAACCCGUCUAUUUUCUUUUCUCCUUGUCCCCUCGGGGGCUUCGUAUGCCACACUAUUUCUAUCUCCUUCACUAAGUAAAAGAUAAGUGAAAAUGUAGUGUUUGUGUGGAAGGAUAGAUGUGUGCAUGUGCCCCACAGAUGGCGGAUUGUAUAAUUGUCCCACACUCUUUGAUAACUGCUGUUGUGUUGCAGUCGUGCACAGUUUGUCAUUUAGCUCACUGUGAUACCUGGGAACAGCUUCUAAUCAUAAAUAUUUGGACAUCAAGUUGUGCAAUUUUGUUCUUGACAAAUAUCUUUUCACUUAUUGAUUCAAGAAGUGAAAUAAAUGUAUAUUUUUCAUGA